UUUUCUACGAUGCAGGGAUGACGCUCCAGAACCAAACUAAGGACAAAACUAAGUAGUGCAGCGAGAUUCCGACUAUUUUCCGACCGACUGUCUGUAUCCGUUAUCUGAAAGUCAGACAAAUGGAUUAUGCUCGAGACGUUUUAUCUAGGUCUUCAUCAGACCAUCACGCAUUUUGCCACACGGUUUAAGAACAACCUCCAAGAUCCCAACCAGUCUGGCUUUAAAGCAGCUCAUUCCACAGCUAGAUCAGCCAAACUGAUACGGUCAACCACAAGACUCUCUUGUCCACCCUCAGGAGUCUUGGGAUUUGCAGAUCAGCUUGGGAACGGUUCACUUCCCUUCCUACCUGGAAGGAGGCUCAUAUCAGAUUCUGAUCGGAUCUCAGCAUGUCUGGCAGAAAUAUCAUCAUGGAUGGCUGCUCAUCAGUUAAAGCUCAAUCCUAGCAAAACUGAACUGCUGUUCAUCCAAGGUGAUUCAUCCCCAGGUCAUGACCUUGCCAUAUCCCUGCACAACGAUCCGAUCUCCCCUUCAGCCACAGCUCGCAACCUUGGGGUAAGCACAGAAAAUCAACUGUAUUUUUCCUCUCAUGUUGAUAAUGUGACCCGCUCAUGUCGGUUUCUUCUCUACAACAUUAGAAGGAUUGAGUCAUUUUUGUCCACACAGGCUGCUCAUGUACUUGUUCAGUCUCUUGUCAUCGCAGGACUUGAUUACUGCAACGCACUGCUGGCAGGUCUACCUAUGAACGCAACUCGUACUCUGUAAAUGAUCCAAAAUGCAGCUGCACGGCUUGAUUUCAACCUGCCUUUCUCGCAUACCACCCCGCUGCUGCAAUCCCUCCACUGGCUUCCAGUAGCUGCACAUAUCAGAUUCAAAACACUGAUGCUGGCCUACAAAGCCAAAAACGGACCAGCUCCCUCUUACCUCAAAGCCCUCAUCACUCCUCACACUGCACCUCGCACCCUCUGAUCUACCAGCACUGCUCGACUGGUUCCACCAUCUCUCAAGAUAAGAGGCAAAUAUAUUACAAGACUCUUUUCUGUUCUGGCACCAAGGUGGUGGAAUGAACUUCCCAUAGGGGUCCGGACAGCUGAGUCGCUGGCUAUUUUCAAAUGGCGGGUAAAGACCUACUUAUUUAGGAAACACUUCAACUAGCACUUCUUCCCCUAUUUUUUGCAUUCAUUAAAAAAAAAAAAAAAAAAAAAAAACCUUUGAAACUUUUUUAUUGUA